AUGGCCGCACUAUCGAAGCCUGCCCCGCUCCCACCUUGGGGUUAUGCUGUAGCUGGUUCGACCGGCGCUGUCCUGGCCAAUGUCCUGGUAUAUCCCUUGGACAUAGUAAAGACCCGCCUGCAAGUCCAGGUGACGCGGAAGCCCGGAGACACCUACGUCGAAUCGGACCCGCACUAUACAUCGACAUGGGAUGCCAUCACCAAGAUCGUGGCCGAGGACGGUAUCAUGGGGCUGUACGCGGGAAUGAACGGGGCUAUGCUUGGAGUCGCUUCGACGAACUUCGCCUACUUCUACUGGUACUCCACCGUACGCGAGCUAUACUUUAAAUCACAAAAGUUCCCUGCUCCCCCAUCUACGGCCGUGGAACUCGUUCUGGGUGCUGUCGCAGGUGCCGUCGCUCAGCUCUUUACUAUCCCGGUCGCAGUAGUCACGACAAGGCAACAGACACAAAGCAAAGCAGACCGAAAAGGUCUGCUGGAUACGGCUCGAGAGGUCAUCAACAGUGAAGAUGGUGCUUCUGGUCUAUGGAGAGGGUUGAAGGCGAGCCUGGUCUUGGUUGUGAACCCUGCUAUUACAUACGGCGCAUAUGAGCGAUUGAAGAACGUCAUAUUUCCCGGAAAGGCGCGUUUGACUGCAGGAGAAGCUUUUCUGCUGGGCGCUUUGUCGAAGUCGUUGGCUACCAUCGUGACGCAGCCCCUGAUCGUUGCCAAGGUCGGGUUACAAUCGAAACCACCCCCGCAACGUCAAGGCAAACCUUUCAAGGGCUUCAUCGAGGUGAUGCAGUUCAUCAUCAAGCAUGAAGGUCCGUUAGGUCUGUUCAAGGGUAUCGGUCCCCAGAUCUUGAAGGGGCUCUUGGUACAAGGAAUUCUCAUGAUGACGAAAGAGCGUAUGGAACUCGUGUUUAUCCUUCUGUUCAGAUAUUUCCGCAAGGUUCGGUCUGAACAACUAGCUAAAGCAGCGGAGCUGGCAUCAGCAGCAGCCUCUAAGGCUAAACUUGCCAUACCUAUCACCACUAGGUGA